AUGGCUUAUCUCAGCGUCGGCGAUCCUCUCAGCGAUCGUCUCGACGAUAUCGACGAUGGGACAGCGGAUCUCAUCGCCAAGCUACAGCUCCGAUAUCUGGGGUUGAGCGGGUCCUCGGCGGCGGGGAAGGGUCGCAGUGGAGAAUUCACCGACGAAUCACACGCCUUGCAGCUGCAACAGCAAGAGCUGGAAAAUGACGAUCUAUCUUUCUCAAAUGGGAGCAUGGCUCAAAGUUCGGAUUAUGCCCAAAGUCACGUGCCGACUGUUCUGAACACAACUUCACAGGCAAGCAUUGCUGGUGGAGAUCACGAUCUCGCCCAAACUCCCAAAGAACAUGCCGGACUACCAUAUUCCAAGGAUUUCAAGGCUUCCCUGGGGCGUCGGAUACUGUCAAAGCUUAAAAGCCUCUUCACACCCGUAACGGUCAAUUAUGACACAGAUCUUUGUGAAGCAUGCGGUGAUGAGAAGACACUUGAGGAACUUGGAUGUGGUCCAUGCGGCCAUGAGUACUGUCGCGAUUGUCUCCAGGACCUUGUCACGGCGGCGAUUACAGACCAAUCCCUCUUUCCGCCACGUUGCUGUCGCCAACCAAUUGCUUUGGAGGCAAUCCACACACUCCUGACUUCCGACCUGGUCGAUGCUUUUAUCGACAAAAGGGUCGAGUAUGAGACUCCGAACAAAACGUAUUGCUCUGUACAGACCUGUUCAGCGUUUAUCAAACUCGCCAACAUUGCCAACAACGUGGCUACAUGUCUCAAAUGCGACUCAAAGACAUGCACACUGUGCAAAGAAGCCGCUCAUGGCAACGGAGAAUGCCCCAGUGAUCCAGAGUUUGAGCAGAUCUUGCAAAUGGUGAGAGAGAAUGGCUGGCAACGAUGCUACAUGUGUUCGAGUGUGGUGGAACUGAACUAUGGCUGCAACCAUAUCACCUGUCGUUGUGGCACUGAAUUCUGCUACCUCUGCGGGCUGAGAUGGAAAGUCUGCACCUGCGCGCAAUGGGACGAACAUCGACUCAUUGAGCAUGCAAACGUGCUUGUAGCUCGUCGACAAGCGACUCGUGGAUUGCGACUGCGCGAGAGAUUCGAGUCGUUCAAACGCACAAUUCAGAAUCUUCGAGAGAACCACGAAUGUCAGCAUCUUGACUGGCGUUAUAUCCAGGGUCCCGGAUACUGCGAAAUAUGCGGCCAAUUGAUGAUUACUAGGUUCAUUCAAGAAUGCAAGCAGUGUUAUAUUGUGGCUUGCAGGCGAUGCAGGAAGCAUAGGAUGUAAGGAUUAUAUGUAUUUCAGGAUGGAUGGUCUGGCCGCAACAGGAGUAGAUGGAUCACAAAGUUGGAGUUGGAGAUGGUCCGUCUACGCCUCGUCAUACGCAUGGGCAUAUUUGAUUGCAUCCUUGUAGUCGUAUUAUCAGAAAAGCUGCUUGGAGAUGAAAUGGUGGACAUGGAUGGAAGGGUAGCAUUCAGUCAAUGAAAAAAAUCCAGC